AUGGACAUGGCCAUGAGCAUGCUUCCCUGGCUGGACCAGCCAGUCCUCCUACACUCCAGCCGCGACCCCGGCAAUUGUACAAUGACCGCUGAGCAAUGUGCUUUCAAAUCCUCUUACUGGCUCUUCUGGUACCAAGCAGACCAUCGCUACGCGUUACCAACCGUAGCCUUCUUCCUCGUUGCAAUCGGGCUAUUCAUAAUUGGAAAUGUUGCGUCAGGGAUAUUGCCCCAGCGUAUCAAGCAGCAUUCAUUGCUAUCGCGUAUUUUUGCUGGCUUCCGAUUCUUGUCAUAUAAGGGGUGGAGGGUACGUGGGUGGAAUACCCAGUCCAUUGGGAUGUUCUUGUUGGGUGCGGCUGGGCUGGUUUUCUUCCUGGCGAUGACUCUGGGACCACGACCGUAUUACUGGCCCAACACAAAGGAAAUUUCCUACGGCAAUUCCCCGCCUAUUGCCACUCGAACGGGCUUCAUGGCUCUAGCUUGCAUGCCUUUUCUAAUUGUCCUUGGCACCAAAGCCAAUCCCAUUACCGCACUCACCGGCAUCUCUCACGAGAAACUCAACGUCUGGCAUAAUUGGGUGGCCUGGGCCAUGUUUGUGCUGGCCCUCAUCCAUACAUUCCCCUUUAUCGUCUUCCAUAUCUGGAAAGGCGAUAUCGUUGAGCAAUGGAGUAGUGGCGGUGUCUGGGUAACCGGUGUAGUCGCUAUCAUCGCCCAAGCAUGGUUGACCUUUAUGUCCAUUCCAUGGAUUCGCAAUCGGUACUACGAAUUCUUCAAGGCAACGCAUCUCUUCAUGGCCAUGGUAUUCGUAAUCUUCUUCUUCUUUCACUGCGACUUCCGCAUGUCCUCUUGGGAUUAUUUCAUCGCCACAGCAGUCCUAUAUAUCCUGUGCUGGCUUUACUCACAGUGCAAGACGUACUUCGAGCACGGUCUCCGUCACAAGGCACGAGUCGUGCCCGAGUCCGAGCACAUAUUGCGCAUCACAAUUGAUACUCGUAUGGAAUGGGGACCGGGCCAGCACGUUUUCCUGCGCUUCAUCACUUGCGGCAUGCACUCUCUCACUGCCCAUCCAUUCACCAUCUGCUCGGUGCCCCAAAGAGACUGUCAAAACCAACUCGUAUUCUAUGUCAAGGCACGUGGCGGGCUGACAGGUCGUCUAAUGGCUUUAGCCCGGAAGAACCCCGACGUGCAGAUUCCUGUUCUGAUCGACGGCCCGUAUGGUGGUAUUCCCGCUGGUCGGGUAGGUGAAUUCGACAGAAAUAUUUUUAUCGGCGGUGGUGCCGGUGCUGGAACAACACUCGCUUUAAUCGAGGACUUUGUUCGGUUCACGCCUACCCAGAUGGGCCGAGAAAUGAAAGUGAUUGUCGCAACGCGCGACCCAGGUAUGCGGACUUGGUACCUACAAGCAUUGGAGGAUCUCGCGACACGACAGGCACAGGGAAAACCCGCCACCGGUCUAUCCAUCCAUAUUCACGAGACUUUUACAGAGAAUUCCGUGCAGCAGGUUGCAGAAAAUAUCAAAGCGGAUACCAAGACAGAGAGUAUUCAGUCCAAGGAGUCCAGUCCUUCAACGGCGGAAUUAUUCAACAUUCAAUUCUUUACUGGCCGGCCUGACCUUCCGGCCGCGAUCCAACAGAUGACAGGCCAGGAAGGUGUCUCGGUUGGUGUGGUUGUUUGUGGGCCUUCGUCGAUGAUCUACGACGUUCGUGAAGCGGCGUCCAUUGCCCAGAGGGAAAUUUUGUCCGGGAAGCCUGGCUGUGCGAGGGAAGUAUGGCUACACAGUGAGAAGUUUUCGUGA